UACAGGUCUCCAAAUGUUCUGCAAGACUUCCUCUUAUAUUUUCCUCAUGUAUGUCACUUGAAGUAGUCGUGACGCUAUAUAUAAAUAUUCGUUUAGUCGAAGUAAAGUUUUAGUACCUGCCUGUACUUACUAUGCGUUAAGCCACACCUCUUGUCACCAAGCCCUGUGGCCAUCUGUGAAUCUUUAGUUGAAAACGCGUUACGAUACGGGCCUGAAUGAAAAUAAACAUGGACCGAAGAAUAUGGAUUGUAUUUUGUACAUUGGGGGUCGCGUUUGGGGUACCAACGGAAAUAAUAGAAAAAAUAGAAUGUGUAAAAUCUACAUUAGAAUAUGACAGUCAGUUUUGUCACCCAUUGGUAAUCGGACAUCGCGGCGCUAGCGGGUACACGCCAGAACAUACCCUCGGCUCGUACGCUCUAGCAGCUCUCAUGGGAGCUGACUACGUUGAACCAGAUCUAGUCAUGACCAAAGACAAGAAACUAGUAGCAAGACAUGACAAUGAAUUAGGUUUAACCACUGAUGUUUCGUUACAUCCCGAGUUCGCCGAUCGAUACACCAAUAAAACUAUAGAUGGCAAAGAAAUGAGCGGUUGGUUCACGGAAGAUUUCACUCUUGAAGAAUUAAAAACCCUAAAUGCGGUAGAGCGCAUUCCAGACAUCAGGCCAGGAAAUGUCAGAAUGGAUGGUGCCUUCAAGAUUCCAACGUUUCAAGAGAUCAUCGAAUUAGUCAAAGGCUUGGAAACCAGUCAAAAUAGAGUUAUUGGACUUUACCCAGAAAUAAAACACAGCACGUACUUCGAGUCACUCGGAUUGCCAAUGGAACAAUUGGUAGUGGAUACCCUUCAUAGCUAUGGUUACCAAGGAUCCCACGCGCCUGUAUACAUUCAGUCAUUUGAAAUAAACAACUUAAAAAGACUGAAGCAGAUGACUGGUAUACGCCUCCUACAGUUAUACGAUAGUCCAGAUAUGACACCCUUCGACCAGAUAGGAAAAGAAAACGCACCAACGUACGCUGAUAUGGCUACACCAGCGGGACUUGCAGAAGUUGCAAAGUACGCGUAUGCAGUAGGUCCGGAUAAGAGUUAUAUAAUUCCUCGUGACGCAGAAAACAAUCUGGGUGAACCAACAACUUUUGUACACGAUGCUCAUCAGGUGGGUUUGAAGGUUCAUCCCUAUACGUUCCGUGCAGAGAACUUCUUCCUGCCGAAAGACAGCCGCAACAAAAAGAACCCAAACACGCCAUCAGCUCUGGGUAAUUUAGCUGAAGAGAUCACUGCUUAUUUCAAUGCAGGAAUCGAUGGUCUUUUCAGUGACCAACCGGAUAUACCUGCACAUAUCCGAACCGGUUGCUUAAGACCUACAAAGAAGAAGUGUCAUUAAAUAAGUUAUGGUUAGAAUAUGUACGUGUAAUAUUUAUAUGCGUACGAAUAGCUUUCAGUUCCUGUUUG